AUCAGUAAGCCCCAAUCAGAUUAUGAGAGUGUUUCCGCUCGAGUUUUCUGAGGAAGCUGUGGUGCUUCACAAUACACAGCAUUUCAUCGGUGUGAAAACCAGAGAAUCGUCUCAUUCUGGUAGUUUCUCCAGGCUGAUAUCUUAAACUCUAAGGAAACUUCACACCAACAGAAAGAGCUCUGAAACUGUGGAAGAGGAAGAACAAAAUUAGCUAGCCAUGAAUGAUGUGACUUCAUUCAUCAAUGAAUCCACAGGCCAAGACAAGACCAACUGUUUGUUGGAAAAACCACAUCAACCUUUCCUAAUACUGGUCUACACUCUGCUGUUUCUGGUGGGAUUGAGCCUCAACGGCUUCACCUUGUGGUUUCACUGCCGUACAACUCGAAGACAGGUGUCCAAGAGCUGGAUGAUCUACCUGAAACAUCUGACAGCUGCUGAUUUUCUGCUAUGCAUGAACAUCCCGCUGCGCAUCAUUCACUAUACCAACAGCUCGUUAACCUUUUACAUACUCUUCUGCAGCUUGGGAGCCCCACUCUCGUUGUUGAACAUGUAUGCCAGCAUCCUGUUCAUGGGUUACAUUGCAGCCAACAGGUACAUGAAGAUAUCUUAUUCCACGGGAACUCACUUCCUGAUGACUGCCAAAGCCAGCCACAUCAUCUCAAUAACCACCUGGGUUGUUCUCCUGACCACGAUAACAUCUUACGCCAUCACGGCACUGAUUAACCGCGCACCUCGUCCUUCUAAAAACUGCACCUCGCCUCCCGCAGGGUGCUGCAGGUACAGCAGAGGCAGCUGGCCGCCUCCAACUCCAAGAAGCUUGUGAAAUCUCGCAGAAACAUGUUGGUGUUGGAGUUCAGAGCUCAGCUUAACCUGAAACAAAUAUUCUGCAAAGAAAGCAACAGAAACACCUCCAGUUUGGAGGCAGG